AUGCCGCAGACUAAUAAGGUUUUUCGUAUUUUUGGGAAAACUUUCAAGAUUAUAACACUCAUUGAGUUUCAAAAUCUGAAGAAACGUGUUGAGAUAGUAAACCUGCUGCUAGUUCUUCGCGACACCAACGUAAACGCAGUAACAAGAGACAACAAAACAGCAAUCGACAUAGCAGAAGGACUUCCAUUUUCAGAAGAAACAGCCGAAAUAAAAGAAUGUCUAUACCGAUACGGCGCAGUAAAAGCAAACGAACUAAACCAACCAAAAGACGAACUAAGAAAAACCGUAACAGAAAUCAAGAACGAAGUCCACACUCAACUAGAACAAGCAAGAAAAACCAACAAAAACAUGAGCGGAAUCGCCAAAGAGUUAAGAAAACUCCACAGAGCCGGAAUCAACAACGCCACAAACUCAGUAACCGUCGUCGCCUCCUUAUUCGCCACCGUAGCAUUCGCGGCCAUCUUCACCGUACCCGGUGGAGAUUACGCCGACGGGUCGGCAGUCAUGGUAGCCGUCCCUGUUUUCAAGAUAUUCUUCAUCGCGAACGCGAUCGCGCUUUUCACGUCGCUGGCGGUUGUUCUCGUGCAGAUUACGAUUGUUCGGGGUGAGAUAAAGUCGGAGAGAAGGGUGGUUGAAGUGAUUAAUAAGUUGAUGUGGUUGGCGUCGGUUUGUACGACGGUUGCGUUUAUGUCGUCGUCUUAUAUUGUUGUGGGGCGUCAUCAUAGGUGGGCUGCUAUUGUGGUUACUUGUGUUGGAAGUUUUAUAAUGGUUAGUGUGCUUGGUUCGAUGACUUAUUAUGUUUGUAAAUCGAAAAGGUAUCGAAAGAUUAGGAAGAGGGAAAAGUUGUCGAAGAAUGGUGGAAUGAAUUCGUGGAGGCACUCGGAUUUGUCGGAUUCUGAUCAUGUAAAUCCAAUUUAUGCUAUUUGAUUGAUUUUGUAAGUAUGGAAAUUGGUCUCUCAUUUGAAAAGGAAACAAUAUUAAGAUUAAUUGAUUCA